AAAAUAAAAGUUUUCAUUCAUAACUCAUCCAUCUCUGAUCUCACUGUCAUAAAUGCGCAGAUAUCUAAAAAAAAUACUUUAUCAAAGUGGAAAAUGGUGUUAUCGAAAUGAUUCCUGUCAGUAUUGGUAAUUUGGGAGAAGUAAAGGAAGUAUUUUUGCAAUCAACGUCUUGACAAGUACAUAAAAUGACUUGAAAAUGAAGAACGGAUCUAAUGAAAUUUUGGAGGCUAAAGUUGCCGAGCGCACUGAACGUGCCAAAAAACUCUAUCGCUAUGUAACCGACGUAGCAAGGCGCAUUGGAGACAUGACAACAGCAAGUCAAUCCAUCAUAGACCUCUUUUCAACUCAUCUUGAAGUCCAACGGCAGAAGUUAAGAGAUAACUGUGAAAAGCUUCUGUUUCUUGAUCCCAUCAACUAUGGAAAGAAGUCACUUGAAUUACUGUGGAGGAAAGUUUACUAUGAAACCAUAUCAACAGCAAAGAAGUUAAGAGAAAUAGAUGCUGAAAAUGACAGCUAUCUGUUCACUCAUAUUGUUUGUGGAAUUGGCCAUUUUCACCAUUUUAUUUCAAGAAUGGAGUCAGAAAUGAAGUUGCAAAUUAAGGAGUUGGAUUAUACAUUUUUGCAUCUAGAUGGAGACUUCAAAGAUAACACUGAGGGGCCCACGGAUGAGGAAGUUCAGUUCAGUCGCUCAGCUUUACAUUCAUGUCUCAUCUACCUCGGAGACUUGUCUCGUUAUCAAGUGGAGAUAUUUCAUGCUUUUGAACCAUCUAUAGCUGCAAGAUAUUACCUGCAGGCUGCACAUGUUGAUAUGUCAUCUGGCAUGCCUUACAAUCAGUUAGGUAAUCUCUACCUAGAUAAAAAUUAUAACCUGGAUUCUGUUUGCUUCUACAUUCAGUGUUUAAAUUGCACAUCACCCUUUGAAGGGGCUAUUGGGAAUUUGACAAAGAUAUUUGAAAAAAAUGCCCAGUUCUUUGAUUCACUAAACAGUCCUGAGACAUUAACACAAACUGAGCAUAUACAAAAUACUAUAACAAACUUUCUGUCCUUGAUAGAAAUCUGGUACCUAAACAAAAAUGAUACAAAUAUUCCACAAAGAUGCAGCACUAUUGCUCAAGAAAUAAAAAUAGCCAUGGACUUUAUGAAACCACCACUGCCUGAUGUUAACACCAACUAUAAUGAAUAUAUACAGGCUGUUGAUGAGGAAGGCACAAACCCAUCAUGUUUGAAUGCCAAUUUGGUGCACAAAAUAGUGUUGAUUUGUUUGUUUACCAUUACAAAAGUAACAGAAACUGAUGAAGUAAAAGCCUUUGCCUGCAAGGCAUUUACAUUAGCCCUUCUAUCACAACUACUUCAGAAAUUACUAAAACAGUUAGAGUCACUUGGUUUGAAAAACCCAGCUGCUAAAUAUAAAUCGAAAAGUACGACACUCCAGAGUACAAGACCUUACAAAGUGUUAGAAGAAAUUGAAACAACCAAUAAAUCUAGUGACCCAGAACCUAGUGAAUCUGAAAUGCCUAAUAGUGAAGUCGAAAACAAUCACGACAAUGUCGAAAUUACAUCCAAAGACUUACCAUUAGAUGAGACUAAAGAGAUUUUACAAAAUGGAGAUGCCAAAGCUAAUAUAAAGAAAACAUUAACUAAGCGACGUCGACGAAGGCGCCUUGCAUCAACAGAUAGUUCUGAUAUGAGUGAUAUUGAUACAGAAACUAGUGACAUUGAAGUAUUUGAGUCCUGCUCUGAGGAUGAAGAUCUUUCAGGCUCAAGUUGUCACUCUGAUGGAUCUGCCAGUGGAGAUUCUUGUAUUGAGGCUUCUGAUACAGAAGAUAUUCUUGAAAAAAAUGUUGGAGAUGAAGAAAACGAAAUCAUCAAACAUGUAACCACAGAAAAGCCUGUAAAUGGUGAUUUGAAUGAGAAGCAGAAGAAAAAUGAUAAUGAAUUUCAACACAAUAGUCUUAACAACAAUGUACUGGAUGUCCAAGGACUACAAAACUUUUUACUUGGGGAUAACUAUUUGCCAAGCAUUAAACUACUCCAGGAUUGGGCCCUCAAUGAAAAAGAUUUGAUCUUAUCUUGUGGUGACAGUGGUGAAUCACUUUUCCAGUGUGUUGUCGACUUGCUCAAUAUUUUGACAUAUUAUUUUAAUUCAAAAUCGAAUGAAGAUAAAGAAUGUCAUAUUCUCGAGUAUGCAAGGAGUGCUGCAAAGAAAUUGAAACUGGAGCAUAAGACAAUUCCCCUUCCAGAAGACAUCAACUUAAGAGGCACUAACAUUUGUAAAUUUGAUAAAGAUGCAGCAGAAUGGAACAUGUUAGAGAGAUACAAAUUGUCAUUCUAUGAAGAAAACAUUCUAAGAAUAUUGAAUUUCGUCGACUUCGGAAAUCAUAUUGCAAAGAUAAUCCCUCGCAUAAGAUUUAAUAGGUCACUUAAAGUAUUCUAUCUGAAGAAAAUACCUCCUUCAAAGGUGACUACUAAAGUCAAUCAUAAAAGAAGCAGAGAGUGGCAUAACUCUAAAAAACCUCAUGUUGAAUCAGGCGAGGGUGGUUUACUGAGACGCUUGGGGCGGUUAUGGCUGGCAUCUCAAGUACGCGAGUUAGAGCGAAGCGGCCAGGCGCCAGUGCCUGCUCUACUUGCCCUCGAUACAAAUGCGUUACACAAGCACUUGCGCCGCGUCAAACAACUGUUGCGAGCCCGAAACUUCGUACUUCUCAUCCCUACCGUCGUGUUACAAGAGUUGGAUAAUCUGAAGCGCGAACAAAGUACGGCGCGUGAUGCGAUUCGUUGGCUUGAAGUGCAACUGCGAAGUGGAUCUAGGUUCUUGCGAGCCCAACGACCUGGGCAAUCUAAACCUCUACCGCUUCUGAAGUAUCCUCGCAAGGCGCCGCCACACAUCCAUAACUUUAUACAAAUUAUGGAAUUUUGCAACCACUUUAUGGCUGACGAAAAGCAAAUUCAAGGCGGUAAUGGCGAUCCUGACAAUUCACUGCAAGGAAAAUCUACUCCUCUCUUGAUAUUGCUUGUUGGAAAUGAGCCAGGCACUGAAGAAGAACAGUAUAAAGAAUUUAGUGUGACAGGGGCCGCGCAGGCCGCUGGGAUAUCUGUCGAGUACAUCGGAGACUUCUACACUAAGUGGCGCCAGACUGUUCACAAAAACGGUAAAAAGAGAUGAACUUGAUCAUCGAUGGACUCAGGAUUCGACUGCAGCGAAAGGAUGAACAAUGAACGUUCUUCGGUUUCGGUAAAAAGAAUUGAAACAACUCUUUAGGAAGAAACGAUUGAUACAUUUUGCGCUGGAAAACAGCUGAGCGUAACAAUAAAUGUUGUCCAAUAAGGGUACUGUUAUCGAUGUACUUCGAAGGGCAUUACACCUUGUGGUGGGCAAUUACUUCUUGCUAAACUAUCUUUACUAAAAAAGUUAAGAUAAUAUCGUUUUUCACUUAUCAUUUUUCAUCGUCAUGCAUUUGGGAAUACAAAUUCAUUUAUCUUAUUUCAGAAGUUAUUCUGUUAUUACAUAUUACAUUGCAUUAUUCAUUAUUAGCUUAUAAUAUUCACCCACAUUUCUUUUUGUAUACCUAUGUUCAAAUUAUUUGUUCUAUUAUGUUUUUCCAUCUUUCAUCAUUCGAAUAAAAGUGUUACCAUUGCAAAAAAA